AUUUAGCUUUUCGUUAGGUUAUUGAAAUGUUGAAAUAAGACUUGGGAAUGUCUCUUCAGAAGGUCAGAUAUUAGCCUGAAAAAUGGAGUACCGCUAAUAUAAUAGAAAUCCCUUCUUAAGCAAAGGAUCUAAAUCUUCGUUGAAGCAAAAUCGAAUGUAAGAGCUCUUUUGGGUGGGAGAGAAGAACUGACAUAUUUCUAACUUCGUUGUGUGUUGUUUUUCCAUACCAAGCAAAAAACAUUGAUUAGUUUUCUGACAUGCCUUCCAUACAGAAACUGCUGCAAAUACUUCGAAGUUUGAUGGAAGAUGAACCACCACAGCGCAGUACAAGACGGAACAGGAGGUCUGAUUCCAGUAGGAACAGUUUCCGGAAUCGGCAAGCUGUUGCUUUAGUCAUCACCUUCAGAGAUCUGUUUGCUAAUGGAGGCUUGAAUUUGAUUCUGGACGAUAUCGAUGCCAGCCGACGUCCUCCAAAAAAGAACAGAGCCAAUUCUCGCUCUACGAGCGUAGUUUUACCGAAUACCUCUAAUGAAGUGUCUAUUGUCCCAGCAGUUUCAAGUACAAGGAUUUUGAAUCUUACCUCUGAUGACCAAACAAGACUGCCAUCUUUGAGGUGCACCAUGGAUGAUGAAAUUACACCUCUUCUGAUGGAGGAGUCACAGCCUCCAGUUAACUGGUGCUCCAACCCAAAGCCAACGAUUCCAUUGCCAUUAGUUCCUAUGAAUCAGCUACAAAGGUUUUCUUUCAGUGAGAGAUGGAAUAGGGAACAAACUGAUUUCACCGUUUCCUUGUUUCCCAAUGACGAAAAGAAAACUGUAAACACUCUCAGGAAAGUGCUGAAAUGGUCUCCGAGGAAACAGAAUUCUGCGUCCUUUGCUGUUACUGUGCCAAAAGAGGAAGAAUACAAAGCUGUAGCUGUGGUUCAGAAUGCUGUAAAUCGCGUAAAAGAAGAGCAGGAACGUAAAAAGAAACGAAAAUUUUUUCGCUUUACUUUCUGCUAGCAUUCAGUACUAUUCGUCCUUCAAAAACUUUCAUUAUCUGUGAGCGUUGAUAGUACAUAUGCAUAGCUUUUCAGUCACUCAUACACAAAAUAGGUCUAAGUUAUGUAUUUUCCAUUAUUAUCUUAAAUGAUAUUAAACAAUUGUGCUCGGGGCCGUUGUCAAAAGGUGGGAGGAGACAAGGGGUUACACUCCCCUCCCGUGUUUUAAAAUGGGGCCUCCAAUUUAAUUUUUUUGAUGCGUAAAAAAAAAAGAGAGAAAACCUUUGCAGUAUUAUAAAAUUGAAAUAGUAAUAAUAAUUGAAAAAAAAAAUGAAAAAAAGUGACAAUUUUUUUUUUCUGCAAAGCAAAAAAUAAAAAUAAAAAAGUGCAAUCUGAACAUUAUUAAGGAACAUCCAGGACUCUGCAUUAUAACUUAUCUAACUGAAGGCCACCGAAAUGUACGCUUCAGACCCUUUUUUUGAACGGAAGAAAAGUGUUCAGUGGAUGGUCCAGCUUCAGUUUAAUUUUUAAAACAAAUGAUUCGAUACAUAAAUAUAAGGGCUUCCUAGGGACCACCGACCUAUUUUUUUUUUUCUUUUUUUUUUUUUCUUUUUUGGUUAAAAAUAUCACAAUGAAAAUCACAGUUAAGUAGAGAAAAAUGCAUGGCCACUGAAAUAUAUAUUAAAUCAGGGGUGCUCCACUACCCCAUAAGAGCAAUGGCGCACCCCUCCUAAAUAUCACGACGAAAAGCAAGAGCCCCUCCUAAAAAAGUGAAACAUACCCCUCAAAACACCCCCCGCCCUAAAAAAAUUCAAUAAUGAAGUCUGCGCCAUGACCCCUCCCAUUCCUAGGUGGGCACUCCUGUUUAAAUAGAGAAAUGAUUAAAACUACUGUUAGCGAAAUUCAAAAUACUGCAAAGUAAGUGCUUUAAAUAGUCACCGCAGUAGUUCUAAGUGUUUGAAUGUAAAAAAAGAAGUAAAUCAAAACUUUAUCAAGCAACUCAGGAGACAUGAUAUUUAAAACAAAAUCAAGUGAAAAAAGGAAAAAAAAGAAAAAAAAAUCCACCAGGGUAUCACUAUAA